AUGGACAAUUUUGCAUCCUACUACGCCCCGCCACCUCCGCCGAAGCCCUCGGUGGCGCUUCCCUCCCAAAUCCUAGCCCGCUCGACGAUGAAAAGUGGUAGCGACUCCCGCAGCCGCACGCCCUCGUUAGUGGAGCUCACAAACGCGCGCCUCCCCCGACGCAUGGUGCGCCGCGGGCGAGUAGGUGCGCAGCUGCCGGUAGAGCCGUGGGCGGACGAGGGGGCUGAGAACAUGUACGCGGCGCCGGUGCCAAUGUACGUCGGCCGGCUUGGCGCUGCAGAGAGCAGCCGCCCCUCGUGGCGGCAGCGGACGAUGAGCGCGCCGUCACCGGUCCGGCCAUCUCCUCUGCAUCACUCAUGUCGAAGCGAGGGCACCGUCGCGCGCUCGAAAUCGGGCCCUCACCAGCCGUCGCCGCUGUCGCGCGCCCUCUGA